UUCAAACCAUAUCAUGUGUAUGAUAUUAACUUCAAAUGUAUAUUUUGGGAUCUUAAAUUUACGUUAAGCUCAACCGAAAAUAUUGGUUAAAAAAUAUUUCCAAACCGAGAAACCAAUAAAAACCGAGGACAGAACCGUGGGAAGGAGGAGCCUAAAAAAAACGAGAGAGGAGAGAAUUCAAAUUGGCGCUCAAGAUUUAAAAGUUUUAACGUAUGUUCCCCCCCAAAUUUUUGGAAUCCAAUUUUCUUAAAUCCCUCCCAGAUCAAUCAAUCAAUCAACCCAUCGACUCAAGUGAAAAAAAAAUGUCAGAUCUGCCGCCGGAAAAAACGAACAUGGAGCUAUCAUCAUCGUCUUCCAUGCCGGGGCCUUCUUCCUCUCUACACCAUUCCUACAGUCGGAAACAGAAAUCUCUGGGCCUUCUUUGUACCAAUUUCUUAGCUCUUUACAAUCGACAUGGAAUUGAAACGAUUGGGCUUGAUGACGCCUCCUCAAAAUUAGGAGUUGAGAGACGGAGAAUCUAUGAUAUCGUUAAUGUUCUCGAGAGUGUUGGCGUUUUAACAAGAAGAGCUAAGAAUCAGUAUACAUGGAAAGGAUUUGCCGCAAUUCCAGCGGCGUUAAAGGAGCUCCAAGAAGAAGGUGCUAAAGACACUUUUCACCGGUUUUAUAUCAACGAGAAUGUCAAAGGAUCUGAUGAUGAGGAUGAUGAGGAAGAGUCGUCUUCUCAGCCUCUUUCUAGUAGUCAGACUGACACCUCAAAGCCAUCUCUUCCCGAUUCCUCCAAAAUAGAUAAUCGUCGAGAGAAAUCUUUAGGACUUCUUACUCAGAAUUUCAUCAAGCUCUUUAUUUGCUCUCAAGCUACAAUCAUCUCCCUCGACGAGGCUGCAAAGUUACUGCUUGGAGAUGCCCACAAUACAUCUAUAAUGAGAACCAAAGUGAGGCGACUUUAUGACAUUGCAAAUGUCUUGUCAUCAAUGAAUCUCAUUGAGAAGACUCACACCUUAGAUUCUAGAAAACCAGCUUUCAAAUGGUUAGGAUACAAUGGUGAGCCUACUUUCACUCUGAGCAGCGAUUUGAUGAUGCAAGCCGAAUCAAAGAAACGAGUUUUCGGAACUGAUCUUUCAAACGUCAGCGUCAAGAGAAGCAAAACCCAUGAGAGUGCUACAGAGAGGAGUCUGAAGAUGAAACACCAUGCUAUAGCGGAGAGUUCUUAUAACAGAAUCUUUGACGCUCACGAAUCAAGACAUGGAUCAAGAGGUUAUGAGUUUGGUCCUUUUGCACCAGCCACUGGUACAUAUCCAACUGCUCCUCUGGAGGACAGCUCAAAGAGAGCUUUUGAUGUGGAGAAUCUGGUUUCCGAUUACCGUCCCUCGUACCAAAACCAAGUUUUGAAAGACCUCUUUGGACAUUACAUGGACGCGUGGAAGUCAUGGUACAGCGAAGUCACCCAGAAGAAUCCAUCACAACACCAUUAGAUUUAGAGCUACUCUUCUUCAUCUUCUUUUACCUGUGAACCAUUUUAUUUUGGUCUAUAACUUAAAUGUUUGUCUACAAAAUUCCCCUAUUUUAAUUUAAUUUAGAAGAAAUUACGUGUCCCAUUUUCAUUGGGACACUUGUUA